AUGCAUCUCACCCAGCUCAACUGUGAGUGUCUGCUCCACCUUUUCUCCUUCUUGGACAAGGACAGCCGCAAGAGUCUGUCUCUAACCUGCCGCCGACUGCGUGAGGUCUUCCUGGAUCCCCGCCUGUGGUCGCUGCUCCACUUCAGCUCCCCAUGUCAGCUGAGAAGGGACAACUACGUGCUUGGAGCCUCACUGCGCUUCUUGACUAUCUUCUGGUACUCCAGCAGGGUUCAACAAGUGUGCAACAUCGAGGACUGGUUGAAGAGCUCGCUUCAAAAGACCAUCUGCAGUAAACAUGAGAGGCUGGUCAGCACGUUCCUGGCCCAUGUCUGCUAUAUGUGUCCCAACCUUCUCUCCCUCACCCUGUCUGGCUGUGCUCACAUCACUGACCAGGAUGUGAUCGCCGUGCUGAAGAGCUGCAGGAGGCUGCGCUGCCUCCGCCUGGAGAACUGCGUCCGCAUCACUGACUGCGUCCUGGAGGGUGUGGUGGCCCAUGGCACCAGCCUGGAGGAGGUGCAGGUGGACUUCUGCCGGAACGUCACCCAGGCCGGGCUGCAGCUCGUCAGGGAGAAGAGGCCGGAUGUUCAGCUGGGUGCAGAGAUGAGUGCCGGCAUGAUCCCGGAUAGCCUGCCUGAUGAGAGGCUGGAGAUCAGGAGGACACUGCAGAAAGUCCUCCAGUUCUCCUGAUGGCAGCCUGUCAUUUCCCAGGGACCACAAGGAGGAGCACUGCAGGGGACGCAUCAGUGCUCUUUACCUUUUGACUGAAUCUUUUGAGGACCAGUGCAUUGUUUGCUGUGUUUUAUUAGCUUUUGUAUUUGAUUUGUAUCUGCUUUUGUAUUUAAUAGAAAUGUUUUUGCCCACACUUUUUAAUACUUUUUUAUGUAUGUGUUUAA